GGGUCCCCAACUCCGGGACAUAGACCGAGCCCAGCCAGCAGCUUCCAAAAGCACCCACUGCCUGUCCUGAGGCGCAGACGCCGGGGCCACUCAGGCCAGGGCAGGGACCCCGGCCGGCCUACCUAGUUCCCAGCCCCAUGGCCCCAGCCGGCCACUGAGCCACACCAUGGGUGGCUUAUACUCAGAGUACCUCAAUCCUGAGAAGGUUCUGGAACACUACAAUUACACCAAGGAGACGCUGGACAUGCAGGAGACCCCCUCCCGCAAGGUGGCCUCAGCCUUCAUCAUUCUCCUGUGCUGUGCCAUCGUGGUGGAGAACCUUCUAGUGCUAAUUGCAGUGGCAAGAAACAGCAAGUUCCAUUCGGCGAUGUACCUGUUCCUUGGCAACCUGGCAGCCUCCGACCUGCUGGCAGGGGUGGCCUUCGUGGCCAACACCUUGCUCUCAGGACCUGUUACUCUGUCACUGUCUCCCUUGCAGUGGUUUGCCCGAGAGGGUUCGGCCUUCAUCACUCUCUCUGCCUCAGUCUUCAGCCUCCUGGCCAUUGCCAUCGAGAGACAAGUAGCCCUCGCCAAGGUCAAGCUUUAUGGCAGUGAUAAAAGCUGUCGAAUGUUGAUGCUCAUUGGGGCUUCGUGGCUGAUCUCGCUGAUUCUGGGUGGCUUGCCCAUCCUAGGCUGGAACUGUCUGGACCAUCUGGAGGCCUGCUCCACUGUCCUGCCCCUCUAUGCCAAGCACUACGUGCUCGGCGUGGUCACCAUCUUCUCUGUUAUCUUAUUGGCUAUCGUGGCGCUGUAUGUCCGAAUCUACUUUGUAGUCCGCUCCAGCCAUGCCGACGUUGCUGGCCCCCAGACCCUGGCCCUGCUCAAGACGGUCACCAUCGUACUGGGUGUUUUCAUCAUCUGCUGGCUGCCGGCUUUUAGCAUCCUUCUCUUAGACUCUGCCUGUCCCGUCCGGGCUUGUCCUGUCCUCUACAAAGCCCAUUAUUUUUUUGCCUUUGCCACCCUCAACUCACUGCUCAACCCUGUCAUCUAUACAUGGCGUAGCCGGGACCUUCGAAGGGAGGUGCUAAGGCCCCUGCAGUGCUGGCGUCGGGGGAAGGGGGUGACAGGUAGAAGUGGGGCCCCUGGCCACCGGCUCCUGCCCCUCCGCAGCUCCAGCUCACUGGAGAGAGGCUUGCACAUGCCCACAUCGCCCACAUUUCUGGAGGGUAACACAGUGGUCUGAAGGGAAAGGGUGAACUGAUAGAUAAGCGAGCCACAGAGAGCUCUGUGGGGAGAGACCAGGUGACCUCACAGUGUCCCUCAGCGCCACAGGCCCGGUUAACUGACCACAGCUCAUAGGUCAGGUAGCCAAUGGAGGCGCUGACUAAUCAGAUUAUAGUACUGUGACCGUGGGGACCAUUGAGAGUCUAGCGAGCGGGACAGCAGGCUGGAGCUUAGGGCUAGAGCAUUUACGAAUUGGUACAAAGGGUGUCAUCGUCCUGUCCUGCCUUCCAGCCACCUGGCUCUCUCUUCCUGCCUCCUUUUAGGAGCCUCUCCAGGUAGCCGUGGCUGGCCUACAACUUGCUGUGCAGCCCAGGCUGGCCUGGAACUCACAGAGCUCCGCCUGCCCCUCCCUCCUGAGUGCUGGGAUUUUUAAAGCUAUGGACCACCACACCCAGCUCCUGCCACCUUCCACCAACAACCUUAGACCACUUCUUGGGGAAACACUGUCCCCAGGGGGCCCAAGGCUUCCUCCCUGUCUAUCCGAGGCCUAAAUCCACAGCUUCCCCAAUUUCAUCAACUCUGCUACUUCUUCUUCCCUUUCCUUUCAUGUUCAAGGAAAGGAAGCCACUGUGGGGGCAGGGAGGAGCCCUGGAAUGCCAGUCUCUGUGCUCAGAACUCAUUGACUGCCUGCAUAUCUAUGGGGGAGGGCAGAGGAAUCAGGGGACGGCUGUGGAAAUCAGUGUGGGGCAUAUAUUGAGGAGGCUUCGGGCUUUCCAGCAAGCCUAGGGGAGAUACUGGUCAUUCCUGGAACUCGUACCCCCAAACCCAGCCUCCCUCCCCAUGAGUUUUUUCCACUUCGUCCUACCAGGUACCAGUUUUCAUAAGGCAGGGCGGCCUUGAGCCGGAGGUAGCUGCUUGCCAAUUGUCUUUGUGGCUGGUUUGUUUGUUUGUUUUUGUUUUUGUUUUUUUUUUAAAUUGUGACAGGGUCUCACGUAGCCCAGGCUGGCCUUCAACUCCUGUAGCUAAGGCUGGCUUUGCACCUCUCAUCCAUCUGCCUUCAUUUCCCGAGUGCUGGUGUGACAGGGUGCACCACCACCACCUGUCUUGAAAGUUGGCAUGAGUAAGGUAGCUAAUGUAACGUGGGCAGCCGAGGACAUUCCUGGGUACUCUUGUGGCGUCGUCCCUGAAGGACUUUGCUAAAUCCUGUGGAGAAAUACAAAGUCCAAUGCGGUACAAACUGUAUUUAUAUGUGUCUGUGUGCCAGUGUGUCGGGUAUGACCUCCUGUCCCAGUGUGGGUGCUCCCUGAGCUCUCAUGUUCACAUUCGUGUUGAAACUGCCAGACGGGCAGGGGGGCGGGGAUGUGUGUGUGUGUGGGGGGGGGUGGUCUGACCAUGUUCAAGAAUUGCUGGAUCAUCUCUCCCACACAUGGAAACCUCUGCCUCAAAGAAAUCUGUGAAAGCAGAGGUUGAGGAAGGGGAAAUUUGGGAGGCAAGGAGCCAGUUGGGAGUGUGUCUCCCCUUAUAAAGCUUCCCAAUGUCCCCCUUUUGCUGGAAACCCAGAUCUGGCCAAUAAACAGUUCAGUUUCUCUUGCUGCUGGCA